ACAUGCACAAACUUGCAGGAGCAGCUCCGCCCUUGGGGGAAGCCCCACCCUCUCUCCAGACGGUCUUAAAUUCAGUCGGUGGGCGCUCUGCUGCACAACCCCAACCACAUUCUCUGUCUAGGUAGUGGAACCUGCGGACUUGGAAACUUCAGGAUGGUUCGUGCUAAGAGCUGGACCCUGAAGAAGCACUUUGAAGGCAGCCCUACUCACAGCAACUUCGAGUUAAAGACAGUUGAACUCCCAUCCUUAAAAAAUGGAGAGGUCCUGCUGGAAGCUUUGUUCCUUACUGUGGAUCCGUAUAUGAGAGUGGCAUCCAAAAAAUUGAAGGAGGGUGAUGUGAUGAUGGGGCAGCAAGUGGCCAGAGUUGUGGAAAGUAAAAACUCAGCCUUCCCAGCAGGAGCUCUGGUAGUAGCUUUUUCAGGCUGGUCGACGCACUCUAUUUCUGAUGGGAAAGAUCUGGAAAAGCUACCCGCAGAGUGGCCGGACACCAUCCCAGUGUCUUUGGCUCUGGGAACAGUGGGCAUGACAGGGCUAACCGCCUACUUUGGCCUACUUGACAUCUGUGGUGUGAAGGGUGGAGAAACAGUGAUGGUUAAUGCGGCGGCAGGUGCGGUGGGCUCUGUAGUGGGGCAGAUAGCUAAGCUCAAGGGCUGCACAGUUGUUGGAGCAGCAGGGUCUGAUGAAAAGGUUGCCUACCUUAAAAAGCUGGGAUAUGAUGUUGCCUUUAACUACAAAACAGUGGAGUCUUUAGAAGAAACUUUGAAAAAAGCCUCUCCUGAUGGUUAUGAUUGUUACUUUGAUAACGUCGGUGGCGAGUUUUCAAACAUUGUUAUUCCCCAGAUGAAGAAAUUUGGAAGAGUUGCUAUAUGUGGGGCCAUCUCUACAUACAAUAGUACUCGCCCGCUUCCCCCAGGCCCACCCCCAGAGAACAUUAUCUAUCAGGAGCUCCGCAUGGAAGGGUUCAUCGUCACCCGCUGGCAAGGAGAGGUCCGCCAGAAGGCUCUGAAAGACUUGCUGCAGUGGGUCAUGGAGGGUAAAAUCCAAUACCACGAAUACAUCACUGAAGGAUUUGAAAACAUGCCAGCUGCGUUUAUGGGAAUGCUGAAAGGAGAUAAUUUGGGAAAAACAAUAGUGAAAGCAUGAAAAAAAUGACACAUGGAAUCUAGCGUUUGGGUGAUUAAUUUCUUUUUAACCAUUUAGUAAAAAUGUGUAUUACCUUCAUUAUCUAAGAACAGUCGUUGUGAUGAGUUUGAUCUACCUAAUAAAACACAUUUAACUGGUA